CAGAUAGCGGAGUCAGACUGACAGAAAACACCCACACCGCCUGCUUCGUCUUUCUGUGUCAAACUCCUCCGUGUCUGGGCGCCUCUUUAAAGGCUUCUCUGCCGCUCCAACUGCCAGCUAGCUGCUGGGCGGACACCUGUUGGGUUUUUUUUUUUUUUUUUUUUUUUUUUAAUACACCGUUUCUUACCCCGAACUAACAUUUUAUUCUUUCGGAGUUGAUUCGGGAGAAAGAAGCGAGGCAUAGUGAGAGACAGGGGAGAGCCAUGGCCACGACAACCUGUACGCGAUUCACGGACGAAUAUCAGCUUUACGAGGAGCUGGGGAAGGGUGCCUUUUCAGUGGUGCGCAGAUGUGUCAAGCUGUCAACAGGUCAGGAGUAUGCUGCUAAAAUAAUCAACACCAAAAAGUUAUCUGCAAGAGAUCACCAGAAGCUGGAGCGAGAGGCUCGGAUAUGUCGCCUUUUGAAACACCCCAACAUCGUUCGUCUUCACGACAGUAUAUCAGAGGAGGGCUUCCACUACCUCCUUUUUGAUUUGGUGACCGGAGGUGAACUGUUUGAGGAUAUUGUAGCCAGAGAGUAUUACAGCGAGGCGGACGCCAGUCAUUGCAUCCAGCAGAUCCUGGAGGCGGUGCUUCACUGCCAUCAAAUGGGCGUGGUGCACCGUGACCUGAAGCCAGAGAACCUUCUCCUUGCAAGCAAAUGUAAGAAUGCUGCAGUGAAGCUUGCCGACUUUGGCCUGGCCAUUGAGGUGCAGGGGGAUCAGCAGGCCUGGUUUGGGUUUGCAGGAACACCAGGAUACCUGUCCCCUGAGGUAUUGAGGAAAGAGGCAUAUGGCAAACCUGUGGACAUCUGGGCCUGCGGGGUGAUUCUCUACAUCCUGCUGGUGGGUUACCCCCCUUUCUGGGACGAGGACCAGCACAAGCUGUACCAGCAGAUCAAGGCUGGGGCUUAUGAUUUUCCGUCCCCAGAGUGGGACACAGUCACCCCAGAGGCAAAAAACCUGAUCAACCAGAUGCUUACAAUCAACCCAGCCAAGAGGAUCACUGCUCAGGAGGCCCUCAAGCACCCAUGGGUCUGCCAACGAUCCACAGUGGCAUCUAUGAUGCACAGACAGGAGACUGUGGAGUGCCUGAAGAAAUUCAAUGCCAGGAGGAAACUCAAGGGGGCGAUUCUUACGACCAUGCUGGUUUCUCGAAAUUUCUCAGUCGGCAGCAGACAGACCACCGCUCCAGCCUCUGUGACUGCGGCCGCGGCAGCUGUGGCUGCAGCCGCCGGCACCACCGCAGGGCUGGUGGAACAAGCCAAGACCUUGCUCAACAAAAAGGCAGAUGUUAAGCCCCAGACAAACAGCACCAAAAACAGCAUAGUCACCAGUCCCAAAGGAAACAUCCCUUCACCUGCUCUGGAACCUCAGACAACUGUCAUCCAUAAUCCGGUGGACCGGACAAAGGAAUCCUCAGACAGCAGCAACACCACUGUGGAGGACGAGGAUGUGAAAGGAAAGAGCUUAGACAGCAGCUCGCUUAAGGCACAGUCCAGCACAAGUUCCCAGCCUGAUAGCACCCAGGGCUCCUCAGCUGCUGCGCACUCUGCUGCGAAGUUCGCUGACCUCCUGGGCUCGGUGCGUAGGGGCUCAGGGCCCAUCACCGACGGAGAAGGUAGAUCCAGCACUCCACCUCCCGCUGUCCUCUCCACCCCCUCCCUUCCACACACCCCCGUUGUCCCCAUGCAGAUGUCCCGGCUCACAGACCUGGUAAGCAGUGUUCGCAGGGUGCCGCCCCCCGCUGCACCCGAAGCCGACGCCGCCUCGGCGCCAGCUCCCAGCGCCAAGCCGGCCCCUCCACCUGCACACACCACUCCCCCACCUCCCCCUCACUCCCCCUCCAGUCCCCCCUUGUCCUCCUCCCAGACGCGCAAACAAGAAAUCAUCAAGAUCACCGAACAGCUGAUUGAGGCCAUCAACAAUGGAGACUUUGACGCAUACGCUAAGAUCUGCGAUCCUGGAUUGACUUCGUUUGAACCGGAGGCGCUGGGAAACCUGGUAGAGGGAAUGGAUUUCCACAGAUUCUACUUUGAGAAUCUUUUGGCUAAGAACAACAAGCCCAUCCACACCACCAUCCUGAACCCCCACGUCCACUUGAUUGGCGAGGACGCCGCCUGCAUCGCGUACAUCCGGCUGACUCAGUUUGUCGACAACCAGGGCCAGCCGCGCUCCAGCCAGUCAGAGGAAACGCGUGUCUGGCAUCGCAGAGACAGCAAGUGGCAGAACAUCCACUUCCACUGCUCAGGCGCGCCAGCUGCGCCUCUCCAGUGAGGGGUUGAAUGCUGUAGUUGUGUCUGUCAGGAAUGAUCUGCUGGAGAGAGAAGAGGAGGAUGAAGUGAUGAAGGAACACAUCCAGUGUUGACUUGGAGGACAUGGCUCAUCACGCCUCAACAAAAAAAAAUCCCUCUUUCACUGGACUCCCAGCCUCCAUCCCCCAGCAUGCAUCUCUACUUUUACAGCUAUGACCCCGGCUCUGUCAGCAUCCACAACAUGAGCUCCUGACAACUAUCCGACAUCGGCUACACAUCGCUCAGCAGCUUGACACCACUAGCCUUCGACUUCUUCUCGUCUUCUUCUUCUCUCCAGCUGGGUGUUUGAUUCGGGGUGGGACUCCUCCAUUCUGCGGUCUCUCCUUCCCCAACAAUAUUUUUGUGACACCAACCCUCUUGUUCUCCUGUGAAUCUACACCUUUGUGACAUAAACACUUCACUGGAAAAACAGUAUGUAAAGUUUUAAGUAAAAUCUAUAAUUAUCAUUACUAUAUUAUGAUUAUGAUUAUUAUUGUUACACAUUUGCAAUUGUAUAUGUACUUUGUAUAAUUCAGAUUUCUUGAUGCCAGUGGUUUUUAGAGUUGAAGGAAUUUUUUUGUUUUAUCUUUUUAAGGAAGCAUGUUUUAUCCCCAUAGUAACAGUGGCUUUUUAUUUUUUAUUGUGGCUGUUAAGUGGAAAAGGAUUAUUGGCCGUUUGUCUAAUUUGCUUCUUCUGCAUGAGUUAAAAACUGCACUUGAAGUCCUGGUUCAAACGUUUCUGUCGGUUUUGGUAUCUUUACUUUUUAUCGUUCGGUCUUUGUUGUUGCUUCUUGGAAGGGGUGUUUCUGAUCGGUGUCAUUGAAGAAUGUAGAGUAUGAUGUUACAGCUGGGCUCAGAAGUUUACAUACAGUCAUCAUGGGCAUGGAUGUCGUUAAGUUGGGCUGAAACUUAUUUAAACUUUUACCUUUCCUGUCUAUUGUUCCAAAAACACAACUUUAAUUAUUUUUAAAUGCAAGUUUGGUUUUACUGUGGAUUUUAUCUCAAGACAGAGAGUCAUAAUUAUACAUACAGGCUCAAAUUUAUGGAGAAAUCCCCACUGAUAUUUGGUAAAUGUUCCUUAGCAAGUUGCAUCUCUACCAAAUUAUUUUGGUACCCAUCAGCAAGCUUCUUUCAUACUUCUGGCUCCAUGUUUGAUCUGAUGUCUUAGCAGGAAUUUAAUAGUUUAUUUUAACUGGUUUGUUUUUUUGGUUCAUUUAUUCUAAAACCAGUUCAGAUGUGUUUUUUGAAUUGUUAUCCUGUUUAAACAACCAGUUGUUGAUUUGAGGUAAAAAGUCUUCCUUUUUCAUUAUUCCCUAUACUUUACGCAAUGUACCAGUAUCACCGACAGGAAAACAGUCCCACAGCAUGAUGCUGCCAACCACCAUGCUUGACUGAUGAUCCAGUGUUCUUAAGCCUGAAACCCCUAACUUGACUCUUCCAAACUUCUUUUCACUGUAGCCAAACAGCUCAAUCUUUCUCCCAUCUGGCCAUAAAACAGAAGCCAUGUACCUUAUUCAAAGUUCAGUUUUGCCUGAAGGUGUCAAUUUUGGAGCAGGGGCUUCUUUCUUGGUCAUCAGAUGUAAACUGUGGACAGUGACACUAGGCUUCCAGAAGCUUCAAGUUCAUGGCAGGUUGAAGCCUUUGUGUCUCCUGGGCUGUCCUAAAUAUUUCCCUUUUAUCUGAUGGUGACCAUUUGGGUCUUAGCAAAGUGGUAUAAAAUCCAUAUACAGUAAUUCAAUGAUUGGGUACAAUUAUUUAAACAGAUCAUCGGGGACUAUCAAAAUAUUUAGAAAAGGCAAUCCUAAAUUGUGUUCCCAAAUCUAAAGUUUUCCUUCUUAGAUCUUUGCUAAGUUCCUUGGUCUUUCCUACUGUUCUUAUCAUUUGUCAGUUCUAUCAAAAAAUAUUUUAAUCCCAGCUAAGAGAAACUGCUAGCUGGAAUCAAUUAUUAUAACUGACCAGAAGUUAAGAAAUUGUAAAACAUUCAGCACCAUUCAUUAGAAGGUAUAUGGUAUAUGAGGUUAGGGUUAGGGGUUCGUAAAAGUCAAUUUGGUUGUUUAUUAUAAGUGAGGCUGGAAAAAGAACUGUUCAAAUAAAUUAAUAAAGUUCUGAACAGAUGAAAGUAAACUUAUGAUCAGAACUGUACAUGACGUGUGUCUGUGGGCAUGGUCGUGCAAGGUAGAGAGGUAGCAUUCACAGUUCACUCCAGGUAACUGAGCACAAUCUGAGGAGCCUGAUGUUGUUUCUUAGCUGCAGUGUUUGCGCAGGAAAGAGUCUUUGCUAAGGUCUGAAGCACAUAAACUUAUCAAGAAGAAAACUUUCUUUCCCACCUUGUUCUAACUUGUGCUCAGGAGCUCUGAUUCAUGUCUUACAACCACAUAAAGCUGCAAAACCUAAAGCAGUGUUGUAAAAAUGCACAAGAACACAUUGUCUACAGAGCUGGUUUUUAGUUCUUUUUUAAGAGCGUAUACAUGCGUCAUAAGAAAAGUGUCAGAUUAGAAGGAAGCACUGCUGAAGACUCCCUCUGUUUUUAGUCAGACCUGAAGCUCAGUGACUCAUCCUGAACCUGUUUGGUGCUUGUUAUUUUCUGGGCAGACGGGGAUGCUCUGUUGGUGUCUCCUGCUGUUGCUUGGAGACAGAUGAACACCCGCCUGAAGCUCAGCGCUUUCUCUUAAAAAGACGGACUUAUUUUUAACCCUGCUACAGCUGCACUGCUGCCUAGAACACAGCAGCAGGUUCUUUGUCUUUAAUUGAAAGUGACAAAAGAAGUCAGAGCUCUGAAUGACGGAUCCUUUGGGAUAUGUGACCUUUCUCGUUUCUGAAGCCAUAGAGCAAAAAGCUGGUGCCACUGCUGCUUCUUCCAAAUGACGCACAUUCAAAAACUACGACUCCAACCCGCAGCUGUGAGGAAUCAUGACGGCUGUUUGCUUGGUGCUUCAAUCAUGUCGGUCUUUUAAUACGCUGUGCAAUAUAUUUGUAUGUGCAUGUAGAUGUAAAGCUUUCAUUGUGUGCUCUUUAAAACCCUGGGAGGAAAUUCUGGAGGUGUUUAUGAGAAAUGGAAAGAGAGGGCCUUCAACCCAGGUCAAAUUAGAUAUUUUUUGCUUUGUUUUUUAUGCUUUUACUUCAUUAUGUUUGGUUUGUGUACAGCAUUAUUAGCCUUUCAUAAGUGCUUGUACCAGAGGCAGCAGGGUAGAACAGAUGGACUUUGCAGCGCUGAAAACCGAUGAUUUGUUUUAGUGAAGGUUCGUCUCACGAUCAACUCUGCUGUUCUUCGUCCACCAAUGGGUUCCUUUGCGUUUUAUCUCACCGCUUGGUCUGAACAAGAAAUUCAAAGAGACCCAGCAGUCGGUGUGGUGAACAGUCCUCAGGUUUUUAUUUAUUUUGAGUAUUUAUUUAUUUAUUUUAGUCAAUGUUUUUAUUGUGCUUUAUUAUUUUUUCUUAUUAAUUUGUUCUCCUGUUGUACAACUCCUGCAAUUGUGCAAAAGUACUGUUUGUUGUUGUUCAAACAGAAAUUUGCUCCAUGUAAGACCAGUUCUUAAAGGGAUAGCGCACCUAAUUACGCCAACAUGCAGUGAGUUAGUUCUUUGGAGUGCCAAAAGUUCCACAAUGUAAAAAAUAAAUGAAUAUUUUUUUUUUAUUAUAAUAAAAUCAAAACCAGAAAAUUAAAUGUAUCCAUAAUUAUUUUAGUACUUCACUAAAGUAAAUAAAAUUAAUAGUUUAUGCUAAAGUUAAAUAAUAAAUAAUCUAUGCAUUUAUAUUGAAGUUCUAAUAAUUAAAAGACACAUUUGGUAAUAAUUUAAUGAUUUAUUUUCCUUAUUGAAUUGCGGCACAUUUGGACCUCCAUAGAGUUUUUUAAGCUAAUGUUUUAUGUGGGACACUUUAUGACUCAUAUUAUACAGGAUUGUAUUUUGUGUGAACUGUCCUUCAUAUGCUUCAUCAACACGUUCUUUAUAGGAUGGUGAAUUUUGUCAGAUGAAGCCUUUUCUCACCACUUAGUUUGUAUUGUACUCAUGUCUCAUCCAAUAAGAACGUUCAUGUCUACUUCUACAUGUUUUAAUACUAAGAGGUCGUUGUCCGAACAUGACCCCGACCCUCCUGAAAAAAAGAAGAAAUAGCAGCAUGUUCAGUACCAAGGUGAUGUUCUUCUGUUCUUUUUAGUGUUUCUAGCCUUGAAAAUCAGUAUGAUAAGACUCACAUAUUUAAAAUGAGGGAGUACACAGUAUUACAGCACUGCUAAUAGCAGCGUAGCUUUCAUCUUCGUGCAUGACAGUCAAAAGGACUCUUGGUUUUUUGGUGUUUUUAUUUGGGUUCUCAUUUUCUACUAAAUGCUGGUGAACUCGACCUUUCUCUAUUUUCUCAGCUUUUUAAGUGCAUAUAACUAUUUUUGUCUCCAGAUAAUAUAAUGAAGAUUAUCCAUAUGGUAAGGAUUAUUAUAUUCAUGAGUGUGGCACUAAGGAUGACUAUGAUGAAGUCGAUGUUGAUGAUGAUGAUGUGUUGAUGAUACUUUUGCAUGCUUUUCUAUGGGUUCUCAGUGUUGUCAGUGCAGUGGUUGUCUCCUAGGUGGAGGUGCUCCAGCAGGAGGUGCAGUCGCACCACAUGAGCACAAACUGACUGUUAUUUGACAGAAAUAUUUGAUCCAGAAAUUGGAUCAGAGAGAGAGAGAGUCCAAUUCAUUACAGCAACAACAGUAGAGACAAACUGGAGCCACCAUGUUCACUCUGAACUUCUGCCAUCUUCCUGCAGCAGAGACUAAGCUGCUCUGACAGCACUGAGCUGGUUUCUCUUCCCAGGGAGUCUUUCUCUCUUUCCUGCUCCCUUUGUUUCCAGCCUUCUUCAAUCAUUUCUCUGCAGUUGGCUCUUUCUAGUUUCCCUUUGUCUCUUAUUGUCAGUUUGACUUUCUUCUGUAUAAUAUUAAUCCUCUAGUUCUCCGAUUCUUCAGAUUAUUGCUUCGUUCUCUUACGUGCUACACGUGUUUCUCUAACUUCAAGAAAAUGUGUUAAGGUGUUAUCAAUAAAAUGAGUUUAAAUAGAAA